CAUACAUUUUUUCUUCAAGACCAUUUAGAGGCCACAGCCAUAGCUGCUGAAAGUCAUAGUCUGAUUGUAGCUACUGUAUACCGAACAUAGCUAAAUAAACAUAUCACAAUUGUUACUUGAUGUGCAAAGUUUCUUUCUACAUAAUUUCUUAUGCGAUAAAAUUCUUAACUAAAUCAGAAGCAUAAUGUUCAGAAAUGAAUCGUUUGACGCUGUAGGUUUUGAAUCUCAAGUAUCAGUUGCAAAACCAGAGCUAUCUGAAAGUGUACAGACCACAGAAAUUGUAUAUUCUUCAAAUCAAGUUCAAACUACGGAAAGAAAAAAUGCAGAAACUCAAACUGUACAAGAACAGACAAAGACGCCGAACAUUGAUUAUAAUAAAUUAGCAAAUUUUUUAAAAAGAGUUACACCAAGUGUAUUAGAAGCCUUGGAUGAAAUUCACAAUACCAAUGCUUUUGAAGAUUACGAUACUGAAACAACAAAGAAUACAUCUGUUAAUUUGCAACUGUUAAAAAGAUUAAACACUGUAGAGGAAUCAGAUAAACAGAUAAAAAUAAGUGAUUUAUCAUGGAGUAUCGCAGGUGGAACAUUAGUUGUAUCCCAUAGCGUUGUAUACCAUGAAACUUGGUGCGAUCAUCUUUCAAAAAUACAAUUGUACAGUCUAUCGAGAGAAGACAAGCUUUCAGAUAUUUCUAACAAAACUUUGGAAGUAAAUUCUUGCGUUACAGUAUUGUCUUAUCAUCCCGUGGAACCUUCAAUUUUAGCAGCGGGCUUAUUUAAUGGAGAUGUAUUAGUUUGGAAUCUUAGAAAUGAUGAUUCAGUCACGCCAAUACAAGUUUAUUCUCAUGGUGACACUGUCUCUCAAAUAUAUUGGAAACCAAGAACAGUAAAUGAUGUAUCUAUUUUAGUGAGCUCAAGUAAAGACGGAUAUAUCAUAGUUAACAAAUUAAUGGCUAAUUUUACAACGACUCGUUUACACAAAAGAUUCAAAAUAAUAAAAGAGCAUAAUCCAAUAGAGAAUUCACGACCACGAAGCGCAGGUGGCACACGCGAACGUGCAGUAGAAGCUGGAUUAUGUAUUACCAGCUUUGAUUUUUCAUGGAAAGAUCCUAAUAUUUUUAUUGUAGGAACAUUAUGUGGUGGAAUAUAUAAAUGUUCUCUCGAUCGCAUGUCUUUUAUUGAAGGAGACGAAAGUCUUUCAGAUCCAGUAAUAGAUGAGUAUGACAGACAUGAAGGAAGUAUAACUUGUGUUAAAUGUUCGCCAAGUCGUAAUUUAUUCGUUACUUGUGGGACGGAUAAAGACAUUCGUAUAUACGAUUUGGAUCAGAAUAUUAGUCAACAGUCAAUUUCGUUGGAAAGUACCGUUAUAGGUUUAACUUGGAUAAUAGGAAGUCCGGAUAUAUUUGCAACGUUCGGUGCUGGCAAUGCAAUUAAAUUUUAUAAUGUAACCAAUGGUAAAGCUGUAACAAACAUAAAAGUUGAAGUAAUUAGCGAAGCGAGUAUUAGUAAUAUAUCUCUCAAUUCUAAAAGAGACAUCUUAGGUAUCGGGGACGUACAGGGACGUUUAGAAAUUUGGAAAGUUCCUCGGCAAUUAUUCUGAGAUAAUAUUUAUUCGUUUAUUUUCAACUACAAAACAAUUUAUUAUUUUUCGUCUCAUAUUUAUCACUUAUAUAUGUAUAUAUAUAUAAAUAUAUUUAUAUAUAUAUAUAUUUUUUUUUUUGUUUA